UUCUGUCAGAGACUUUCAUCACAAUGCUAUUUGAAUUUAUUAUCUGUUACAAGUGAAUAUGUCACAAUGUUAAACUUUAACAGAAAGAUGACAUAACCUGGUUUUCUAAUUAACAAUGAUUUAUGUUCUGAGUGACAGAUCCUUGACAGAUGUUAAACUUCUGCUUAAAGGUUACAUGGAAAUAGUAGCUGUAUAUAAUACUCAUAUUUAACAUAUGGAAAUGUUAAAUAUUAGAUAUAGAUGAGGUUCGCUCUAUAAGGGAAUUUACCAAUACCACAGUUUCUAAUGACACGAGAUUUUGGUUUUGUUUUUUUUUUCUUUUUUGCAGCUUUGCAGUUCAUGGAAGUAAUUCAUAAAUGUAUUAAUAUGUGAGACUGUAAAGGCAAAAUUGGGAUUUGGGGGACUCUGCAAUAAGAAUUAGACUUUAAAAUCCUCAGUUCAUUUAAAACAUUAAAGAACAAAAUACUAAUACCUGUAUUUUGAAAUGAAGAUAUGCAACUAUGAAACGUAUUUUGUAUAGGAGGGCCCUCAAUGACAGGUGAAUCAUUAACCCUGACUGUCAAGGAUCAGUCAGAGAUAAACACUCGCAUAACUGCUGUUUAGAGUCACAGAGUUGAACUGUCACCGGUCUCUCUUCUGCUCAACCCUGACUGCUCUUUUAGGCCAAGAAUCACAAAUAAGAUCUGAAAAGCGAAGAGGAAUGCUCAGGAAGUGUUCAUAGAAGCUUGGGAUCCUGUGUCUACAUGGAGACUUUAAAGCACCUGAGCAUGAAGAAGCAUGAGGGAAAUGAUGUUCCACUGCUGGCUGACGCAGACAGUGCCAAGAGCCCAGGCAUUAAACACUGGAGAGAGUCCAGUCAAUUCUUCCUCACACAGUGAGUUUUACAUGGAUUAUAUGAAGGAUAUGUAUUUAUUUUUUUUAUUUUUUGUAAAAUAUAGAAGAGUAUUAGUUAGUAGAAUACAGCAAUGUCUAUUCUCUCCAAGAAGGUGGAAAAACCUUGGCCUGAGCUUCACUCUACUCCUGAGCUGUUAUUCAGCAAUCCUUGUCCCUGCUUAUCUGCCUACUAAACAACUGACCUGGACUGAAAGCUCCACAGAAGACUAUUUGGACAUAUUGAAUCGCUCGGCAGAUCUGCUGUCUCGGCCAUGUAUAAGCGGCUUUACCAAGACAAAGCUGCAGAAAGUGCUGAAUUUGGACAGCCUGCUUCAGAUUCCUGUGUUCCUGCAGAAUGAGACCAGACACUGGGAACUGGCACCUCCACUUGGUCUGCUAGGCAGUGAGGGUACGUUGGCACAGACACUUAGAGUUCUGCCUCACUCUGGACUGCCCUCUGUGCCAGACAGGUGUAGAAGAUGUAUGGUGGUUGGGAGUGGUGGAAUCUUACAUGCCAAACAUCUUGGAGCCCAUAUUGAUAAAUAUGACAUCAUUAUAAGAAUGAACAAUGCACCAGUGUUUGGAUUUGAGGAAGAUGCAGGCUCAAGAACCACAAUUCGAUUGACAUAUCCUGAAGCAGCAUCCUUCUUGCAACAAGAAUAUCAGAACACAGACAUAGUAGCUGUAGUUGUAUUCAAGAGGCUGGAUUUAGAGUGGUUGACCUCUGUUGUAACAAAAAAGCCUUUGAGCUGGUGGUCUAAACUGUGGUUCUGGAGAGAUGUUGUAAGUGAUAUUCCACUUCAGCCAGGAAACUUUCGCAUCUUGAACCCUGAAAUACUCAGCCGGACAUGGCAUGUGAUGCAAAAUUAUGGAAAACAUGAAAGCAAGACGGUGCCUACUCUAGGCUUCACUGGCGUUGUGGUGGCACUACAGCUGUGUGAUGAAGUCAGCAUGGCAGGCUUUGGCUAUGACUUUAAACAUCCUGGAUCACUGCUGCAUUACUAUGGGACAGUGCGCAUGGACCACAUGAUGGCACAAGUUGUGCACGAUGUCAGCGCAGAGCGCAGUUUACUGCGGGGCCUUGUCAAAUCUGGAGUCGUGCGUGAUGUCACAGGUGCACUGUGAUUAACAGUGGACCUCAUUUAUCAAACGGGAUAUCAACUAUUUUAUUAAUACAAGGUUCGCAAGAAUGUUUGCACAAGAAAUUGUGUAUUCAUAAAAAUCCUGUUAGUGUUAAAAUGUUUGCAUCCUAUGAGAGUUCCCGAGUUUGUGUAUAAGGAGACACUAAUAUAAACCUCAAUUAUUCAGCUUCAAAACAUAUAAUUGGCAAUGAGUUACUGCACAUUUAUAUACAGAUUACGCUGUCUAGCUUAAAUGGCAUUUUUAUUUCACUUGCACACAUGAAUUUAAUGAAUAUUUUGUGACUUGGCUGUUUCAUAUUAAUGACUUGAAAGAAAGUGAUCCAAGAGGACAAAAGAAAUGACGGCCUAUAAAAUGAGUUAAAGAAAGACUGUGCAUGUGGUAGCCGACACACUACAAUGGCUGAACUGCAUUAUUGGACGAUUUUGCAGACACUGCACAUAGAUGAUUUAUUUUCAUAAUUUUGUUGUCAUUUUGGUGUUUUCAGCUCUGUGAGCUUUUAGCCUUUCUACUGUGGGUGUUACUAAAGGUAAUCCAGCUGUGUCAUGAACGCAUUUGGUACUUUACGGGUGUUUGGCAUUUUAUCAACAUUCGCCUGUGAAGAUGAAGAAAAUCUGAGUUAUCAACACUUCUGGCAAGAUUCAUUUAUUUGAUUUUUUACUUUGGUUUGGUCUACGAAACCACUUACACACAACUUUAUUAAAAAUGAUAAUAAAUGAGGCCCAACGUUUGUACAUUAAAUCUGGCUUGUACUGAAUAUCAUUACUUCCAAUCUGAGGCUAUUCUUAGAACAUGUGAGAGAUUAGAUUUCAUUGAAAAGGUGUAAAACAAAGUGAACAAAUGUGCCAACUUAAACACUCCAGGUAUAAUAUCCAAAAAAUCAAAAGUAAAAACAUUAACAAGACAUGUUAUGAGUAUCCUGUAUUGCAGUUUUCACUAAUACUAACCCCAACAGGUAUCUCUUACAUGUAGAAUUGUUCUGGUGAUAUUACAGCUAACCCAUACAGCUGAGACAGGAUGGCUGUGAAUUGUGAUUGGUUGGCACAUAUUUUAAACAUUUUUAAUGACAUCUAUAAUUUAUAAACUUGUACCAUUGUUUAUAUUUUGACAAAAUUCAAAAUUAAAUAGAAAACAUUUUUAGGCUGCUCUCUGGGCACAGUAUGAGAAUCAUUGGGCUAAGUACAUCAGUUUUGAUGGUGUGUAUCUGUUUAAAGCAGUAUUUUCCAGAUCCACUCUUCAGACAAAUGACAAAGGUCUUGUGUAUAAUACACACAUACACAUUACGUAAAUCAGUUUAAUUAAACAAACACUGAU